GCUCAUGUACUCCGUGCAGUCACAUCAACAAGGACAGCACUGUCGACCAAUCAGAUUAUAGUGUUCCACGAGUGGGCGUGGCACUUCCUCAUGAAUAUCCAACAAGCGCACUCAGUCGGCAGUGGCACAGAGAACAAGGGGUUCGUGUAGUGUUGUUUUUGCAUCCCAAAGCGUUGGUAUUGACAAACAGGCCUGAAGGCAGCACUAGUGGUGAAACACACGACCAUUCGCGUCUGUGGCUGAAGCUUUCAUUCAUUCCCGGUGGAGGACGCUCUCGGUAACGUUAGGAACAUCUCCCCUGUUUGUUCGAAGCUUAGUAGCGAACAAUGUCUGGCCAAGCUGCGGUGACAGUGGCGCUUAAGCCAAGCGGCGACGUCGUUAAAGCGGCUCCGCAGAAGUCAUACCCUUAUGUGUUGAAGAAGAUCAUGGACAUCCCUCCUCCCAUCAUCCUGGAGGAAGGCGACGACGAAAUAGAGAAGGAGAAGCUGUGCUCAUCUGAGGAUGUGGAGGGAGGCGGGGCUGGAGUAGCCAGUGGUGGUGGUGGAGGGGUGUCAGCCUCCUUGACCCCAGCCAUUUGGGAAAAGACCAUUCCCUAUGAUGGGGAGACCUUCCACUUGGAGUACAUGGACCUGGAUGAGUUCCUCUUGGAGAACGGGAUCCCUGCGAGCCUAGAGGAGGAGGAGCUGCAGAAGACUCUGGCCUCGGUAGGACUCAAAGGCAAAUACGUGCCUAAGGUUACUGCUACUACUACUACUACUACUUCUGCUGCAGCCCCUGCUCCCACCUCGGCAUCAGCCCCCUCCGUCCCCGCCGCCUCUACAGUCACCUCAGAUCCAGAGGAAGCGCUGACAGUCACUACGUUACAAACAGCCAAGCUGGAAGAAGAGGAGGAGGAGGAGGAGGAGGAGGAGGAAGGACAAGAAGAGGAAUCUUUUUCUGAAGAGGCAAGAGCAGAAGUGGAAGUGAAAGAAGAGAAAAGGGAUUGUAUCCCUGUAGAACGUCGCACUCCCUCCCCCAUCGACCCAGAAGCCAUUGAGGUGGACGUUAACUUCCAGCCGGACCCCACAGACCUGGUCCUGUCCAGCGUGCCGGGGGGAGAGCUGUUCAACCCGCGCAAACACAAGUUCUCUGACGAGGAGCUGAAGCCGCAGCCUAUGAUCAAGAAGGCCAAGAAAGUGUUUGUUCCUGAUGAGCAGAAGGAUGACAAAUACUGGUCCAGGAGAAAGAAGAACAACGUGGCAGCCAAGCGUUCUCGUGACGCCCGGCGGCUGAAGGAGAACCAGAUCACGGUGCGCGCCUCCUUCCUGGAGCGGGAAAACGCAGCGCUGCGGCUGCAAGUGGCCGAGCUGCGGAAGGACUGCGGUCGCUGCAAAAACAUCCUGACCCGAUAUGAGGCUAAGUAUGGUCCGCUGUAAGAAGAAGAAAAACAAACACUCUGAAUAAAACCCACGAAUUAUCAAUGAGACAAAAAGCAGAACUCUCUUCCCCGCAGAAUUCAACAUAGACACAAACCACCAAGAAAAUCUAAAUUUUGCGCUGUUGUCUUUGCUGACCUCCAGUCACUGUGUCGAGCUCCAGCUGCUGUUUAAACGUAUGCUGGCGUUCUGGAUACACACUGGCAGGCAGUGAGGCAUGAUGGGAGUGGUGAUCACAGGAAGUCCUGUGGAGAGCGCCUGGCUCCUACACUCGAGAGGAAGGGGAUGAUUGUGGACACUCCCAUGGUCAAACACACAUGGAAAAUCUGGUCUGUCUCAAGACAGUUUUCAAGAAAGUCAGGAAAUAUGAAAAGAGCAGUCUGGUACAAAAGAAUCCCAGACCUUUAAAUACUACACUAAUCAGUUUUUAUCACUGCACAGCACUUCUUCUUAGUGGACCAAAGCAUGAGCAACGUCCGUUAGAAGUCCCGUAUUUAGAACGGUGCACACUUGUCGUCCGUCCCUCACAUUUCCUUGUGUUGCACCUUUGUUUUGCGUCUGUACUUCCUUUCAAAAUACUCUGGCUGAGUCUCAGACAAUAGGAGGAUAGAAGAGGCACCGAUAAGUACACGGAUUAAAGAGCAGAUUCGCAGUCGCACUUCCAGCCUGAAGAGAGCUCAGGUCUGCAGAGGAGAAAAGGACGAGAGUCCGUUAGUUCUUCCUUCUUAUACUAUUGACUUUAUUCAGGACACAAAUGGAAGGUCCAUAGUA